AUGGCGGUGAUGCCUUUCUUCUUUGGUCUAGCUGUCGGGCUUUUGUGUCCCUUCGUCAUUGUACGCGCCGGCUAUCGAAUCACAUUGCAUCCGCUUGCAAAGUUCCCUGGGCCCAAGCUGGCAGGCAUCUCGUCGCUCUAUCAGGCUUCGUUUGACUUGAGGUCUUCAACGUCGUACAUCAAGCAGUUUCAUGCUUUACACAAGAAAUAUAGUCCCAUCAUCGGGACUCGCUAUGCUUGCUACCGGGACAACUACAAUCAAGAAGCAGCAGACGGAUUCUUCAACGUUCUGGAUCCCAAGGCCGCCAAACUAUGGCGAGAUGCAUAUCAACCGUGUUUCGCCAAAGCUGCCAUCAUCCGGCUGGAACCACUGAUUCACGACCGAAUCAAGAAAUUCCUCUCGGCGCUUGAGGCGGCAUCCUCCACCGGCACGGUCGUUGACCUGAGCAGGGGCUGCCGUAGUUUGACCAGCGACGUGGUGACGAGCUACAUGUUUGCGGAUAAAGGAUUUGAAACUCUCGAUGCCGAAGGCUUCCAGUCCCCGACGCUGGUGGAUUUGGAGGAGUUCUUCGAAUUUACGCAGUGGGCCAUGUAUUUCCCCAAUUUUAUGGGAUGGUUGACGAGACAGCUGCAGAAACUCACCAAGGAGCAGACGGAGAAGUUUAUGCCGACAUUGGCGGCGACGAACUGGAUUACGGAGCAGUGCGGCAUCAAAGUGAAGGAAAUCCUGCGAGAAGGAGGUUCAGGCAGCUCGUUCUCCACCGUCUUCGAUGCAUGGGCUAGACCCAGUGAGAAGAGAGAGUUCACGCCAACCCUCAAGCAGCUGACAGCCGAUGCAUUCACCUUUCACGGUGCCGGAACGGACACGACAGCGCAUGCACUCACCACAGCUACCUGGGUUCUGAUCAACAACAAGGAGAGCCUUGAAAAGCCGCGCGAGGAGUUGAAGGGAGCGAUUCCGGAGCCGCACGGUGAACGGUUGGUCAGCUCGAGCAUUCUUGAAAGUCUGCCCUACCUUCGUGCCGUAGUCAAGGAGGCUUUGAGGAUGAGCAUGGGAAUUCCUGGGGGCAUGUGCCGAGUAGUGCCUGAAGGCGGCGCUGUGUUGUGCCAGCAACAGAUUCCUGCAGGAGUCGGAAUCACCAGUGUCUGUUACUGCCACCACUACGACCCAGCGUAUUUCCCGUCUCCGAACGAGUUCCGCCCAGACCGCUGGCUCGGACCGGACGGUCAACAACUCGAAACCCGCCUGAUCGCCAGAUCAUGCAUUGGCGUCAACCUCGCAUAUGCCGAGUUGCAUCUGAACCUGGGGUAUGUGUUUAGAAAGUUUGACCUGGAAGCGUUUGAGACCACGGAGCGGGACAUGGAGUGGAAGGACAACUUUGUAGUUACGACGAAGGGCCAUUUGAGGGUCAAAUUGAGGCGGGCCAGUGACGACGAGGAGAAGGAGUAA